GGCCCGGCCGUGAGAUAGCCGUAAAAGCGUCGCCAUCGUGCGACUUGUAUUCCUCGUCACUUUCUAAAUUCUCCCGCGCGCACAGACGAUAUAUAUCCCCCGAUGACUUUGCAUUUUGCAAUCGUAUACGCACGGCGGCGGGAUUCGCGUCCGUAUGGUGAUUUUUCGUGCCUGAAUGUUAUAUCAUAAAUCGCGGGAUCACCGCAGGAGAUGGCGGUCAGUGUCGUGAGAUACCACGCUCUCCUCGUGCUCUCUUGUGCCCUGCUGCAGUAUCACAAUGCGAUGGCUCAAGACAAAACCAUUAAAGAUCUCUUCAAUAGCACAUCCUGCGCAAAACCACCUUACAUUUGUCCGCAUGCGCAGAUAGAGUUCUAUUUGUACACCAGGGAAACGCAACAAAAUCCGCUGCUAUUAGACGUUCGAGAUUUUAGUUCUCUCCGCAAUUCCAAAUUCAAUAAGACCAAUCCGACGAAGAUCAUUAUUCACGGCUUCGGCGGUGGACGAAAUUUAGCGCCCAGCACAGAUUUACGAGAUGCGUAUUUCACGCGAGGCGAUUACAAUAUUAUAAUCGUGGAUUAUGGUUCGUUGGUACGCGAGCCCUGUCUCUCGCAGAUCUCGUGGGGCCCGGAUUUUUGCUCCAAGUGCAUCGCUCAGCUGGUGAAGUAUCUGAGGGAUCAUCCGCGCGGCACGAAGACGGAGAAUAUACACGUGCUGGGAUACAGCGUGGGCGCGCAUAUCGCUGGACUCAUCGCAAAUUAUUUACCCAAUGACAAGCUCGGGAGAAUUACGGGCCUCGAUCCGACGAUAUUUUUCUAUAUGAAUGGCAAUCGCUCGAUGGAUUUAGACGAAACGGAUGCCCAUUUUGUGGACGUGAUCCAUACAGCCGCGGGCAUCCUAGGCCAGUGGGGGCCUACCGGCCACGCGGACUUUUACGUAAACGGUGGCUCGAGUCAGCCCGGAUGCGCCACUUCUUCUAUACUCCAAACGCUCUCGUGCGAUCAUACGAAGGUGACGCCGUAUUACAUAGAGUCAAUCACGACGAAAAAGGGAUUCUGGGCGGCGCCGUGCGCAAAUCUGUUUUCUUACCUGAUCGGGUGGUGCAAUCCCAAGAGAGAAGAGCACAUUCUGAUGGGGGAGGAUACCCCUCAUACAGCACGCGGCAUCUUCUAUCUGUCAACAAACGCACGCAAACCAUACGCCCGAGGACUGUCCGGAAAAAGCCAGCGACGGACAAAUCGGAAGCAAUUGUCCUCCCGCCAGUACUGAGUCUGCUAAAACAGCUGAUCAACAUAAUUAUAGAAUAACAUAUGUUGUACAUGAGUCAAUCAAAGUUAAGUUAUACAUAUAAUAUUGUAUAUGUGUGUGUGUGUGUGUGUGUGUGUGUGAGAUAUACGUUACUUCGAUAUAUAAGUUUUAUCUUUAUACGUCGCACGCGGCUUUUUGUACAUUUAAUCGUUUGAAGAGAUCUUGUCUUUUUUUCCCUUUUUUAUUAAAUAACAGAUUGUAUAUUGCGCAAACAACAAGAAAUUAUGCGUCUCUAGACCGCGUUUAUUGACAUCCGACCGAUCGGUAUAAUAAACAGUUUCGCAUGUAGUCGACAUGUAAUAUUUUCACCGUGCUCUUCUCACUUACCGCGUUUUAUAUUUACUCAGUGGCGAAUAAUUUUUUUUACGAAACGACGAUAUAUUUAACAGGCAACUUAUCAUUCAAUCAAUAUCGUUUCAAUGAAACGUCAUAUGUCAUCGGGAAGAGCAAAAAUCGGGGUCAAAUUACAUCGAGCAAAAGUUUUACGCAACGGUGAACGGAGAUUGUAUCGAAAGAGGCACGAGUUUGUUUUGAGAAUUCGUCCCUCAUUAAAAUUUAUAAUGUUAUUUUAUAAUGGGAGAUAAAUUGGAACUCCUGCUGCUAAAAAGUGGGAGAUUAAUUUGCUCGUUAUCAUUUCAUAGUUGCACAAAAUCUUUUCUUCCAGCGUAAAGUUACGCUCGUUCUGAUUACAGUCUCUAAUCCCGUUUUACGUUAUCAUAUCAUAAGUCAUUAAUAAUAUGUAAUUAAUUAAUUUUGUAAUCUGUAAUUAUAAUCAUCAUUUAAAUCUGCAGGAAAGAUACCUAUGACUCUCGUAAGAGAUUUUUUUAUAUUAUAUAAUACAGACAUCGCUCGAAGGACCA